AUGUCCAAAUGGUGGGUAGACAGCACGGCAGAGAAGGCAACGGGAGUGAGGGUGCCCACAGGGAAGAGUUCCCGCUUGAUUUUGCUUCACGCAGGAACGAGAGAUGGAUUUGUCCCUGGAGCAACCCUCGUUUUCCAAGCAAAGAAGAAUGUUGGUGAUUACCAUGAGCAAAUGAAUGCGGACACCUUUGAGAAGUGGUUUAAGUCCCAACUACUGCCCAACAUUCCAUCCUCUUCAGUCAUAGUGAUGGAUAAUGCAUCCUAUCACUCAAGGAAAGUGGAUAAGCCACCAACUACUGCAAACAAGAAAGCAGAGAUCCAAGAAUGGCUGGAGAAGAAGGGUGUUGCAGUGCCAGACGGUCUACUUAAGACUCAACUCCUGCAUCUUGUCACUCGCCACACUGCAGCCGCUCACACACAAUAUGUCAUUGAUAAGACUGCCUCAGAACAUGGGCAUAAGGUUGUACGCUUACCCCCAUACCACUGCAACUAUAACCCAAUAGAACUGAUUUGGGCACAGGUUAAAGGUUAAUAUGUGGCAAAGAGAAACACCUUUAAGAUUGCAGACCUGAAGCCACUCGUCCAGGAGAGUCUCAACAGCA